AUGUGGAGUUGUCUCGGUCUGACUUCGCUCCUCAUUGCACAAUCCACUCAGUCACCCAUUGACAAGCCUGUUGAGUCCCUCCGGUUCUCCGAAGAUGGUAUCUUUCAUAUUUCAAUUCUUGAAGAUCUUCAUUUUGGAGAAAACGCAUGGGACUCCUGGGGCCCCGAACAAGACGUCAACACGGUGACGGUGAUCAACCGUGUACUCGACAAAGAAUCACCAAACCUCGUCGUUCUCAACGGUGACCUCAUCACUGGCGAGAACGCCUUUCUCGAGAAUAGCACCGUGUACCUCGACCAGAUGGCUGGGCCGUUGGUCGACCGCGGCCUUGCCUGGGCAUCGACAUAUGGAAAUCACAAUAGCUCAUUCAACUUGUCGCGCUCGGAUCUGCUCGCUCGAGAGAAGCGGUUCGCCAAUUCUCGCACCGAAGCAAUGGUAUCGGAUCACCAGGCCGGCGUGACAAAUUACUACCUGCCCGUGUAUGGAUCUGGCGCUCACCAUAGAGAACGAAACGACAUGCCCGAGUUAUUGCUUUGGUUCUUCGACAGCCGCGGAGGUGUCUACUACCAGAAGCGUGAUGCCUCUGGAAACGAGAUACCGCAACCGAACUGGGUGGACGUCAGCGUCGUCGAAUGGUUCCAAGCCACCAAUGCAGACUUGGUCCAGAAACACGGCAAACAUAUCCCGUCUCUGGUCUUCGUGCACAUUCCCAUCAACGCGGCGCUGGCCGUUCAAACACAGCACGAAGUCGAUUCACACAAAGAGCCCGGGAUCAACGAUGAUUAUCCUCUCGCCCAGCAGGGCCAGAAUUGGUGCGCAAGUGGUGAGUACGGGGGCUCGUGCUCGUAUGCUGGACAAGACGAGCUCUUGAUGAAAGCCUUGGCUCAGACGCAUGGUGUCAUUGGGGUGUUCUCGGGCCAUGACCAUGGUGACACAUGGUGCUAUAAGUGGGAUAAGGCGAUCUCAGGGAUCAGGCCGGUGAAUGAGAAGGGGAUCAAUCUGUGCUUUGGUUCAGCAUACGGGCUACGGGGGGUACGGGACCUGGAUUCGGGGUUCUCGACAGGUGCAGGUGACGCAAUCGAAGCUGAAGGAUGGUGA